GUCUGCUGCUCCUCUGCCAUGAGCUGCUGGAGGCUGGACCUGCUCCUUUGAGUCUUGCUCACACAGUGAUGACAGCAAUUGAGGAGAUGCCUUGCACCUACAUACAACUGGCUGAUCACAUUCUGUUCUGAGAUCCUGAGCAGCAGCUGCACCAGUCUGUGGGUAGGGAUGAGAAGCUUUCACCAGGCUGCAGGACCCAUGCACAGUGCACCCAUUCAGCCCUCUGCAGCUCUGCCCUGGGAAGAUGGCAUAAAGAAGAUGUAAAGUCUCCCUGUGCCAACCUGCUACAUGAACCUGGUCUGCAUCUUGGAUGGGCAGAGGGAUGGCAUCUGAAUUGCCUUGAGUUGGUACAGAGUGGGCUCCGAGACUUGGCUUCAGUUCAGUUCCUCCCCAUGUGGGGGCUCACUUCAUCACAUUUCCAAGCACUUUUCGGCUGAAAUCCCUUAUUCUUCCCCAUAAUAACCGGCUCCAGCAGUAGAUGAGAUUGAGUUGGGCUGGAAAAGGGACCCCAGGACCAUUACCAUCACCAUGAAGCCCCCUAGAAGCCUCAGCCUGGUGGGAUGCCUAUGGAUCUAUGUUCUUCUCUGCUCUUCUUCCACCAGUGGGGACAUCUCCUGCAGACACUGUCACACCCGGAUCCACCUAAAGGAUCAUGGAUUACUAAGGGGGGACAUGGGGCAACCUAAAAGGGGGGUGAGGGAAGUUCUCCAGAACUCCAGAGGAGGAGAGGAGGGGGGAGAAGUCCUACAAGUCUAUGUUGUCCCUGGCAAGGGGCCAGGAGACCUCAAAACAGGGUCCAAGGAGCAGGGGUCAGAUUUACACCCCAGAAAGAGAAGUGGCUCUGGCAGGGGAGACAGCAGGGCAGAGCAUUUGGGGGGUGAGACCAAGGGAAGCAGAAAGUGGUUGACCAGGGUGAGGAGAGACCAAUCUGGUGGCAGCAGCAGACUUGGCAAGGAGAUCCUGCUGCCAUCUGACCCCAGUGACGAGGACCCUCUGACCAGCUUCCCUAUGGAGGGGCAGAAGAUCAGAAGAGCUGACAGCAAAGGCUCCAAGGAAGAUGGAAGGUUUAACCGGGCCAGGGUGGAGGAGAUGAGACUUAGCAGCACCAGUUUCCCUUUGACUGGAGACUCUGCUCAUAACCAAGCCAUGGUUCACUGGACUGGGGGGCACAACAGCAGUGUUAUUCUUAUACUGACAAAGCUGUAUGAUUUCAACCUGGGGAGCGUGACCGAGAGCUCCCUCUGGAGGUCAACAGAUUAUGGAACAACCUAUGAAAAAUUUAAUGAAAAGGUGGGUCUGAAGACCGUCCUGAGCUAUCUCUAUGUGAGCCCCACCAACAAGAAGAAGAUCAUGCUCCUCAGUGAUCCUGACAUGGAGAGCAGUAUUAUGAUCAGCUCCGAUGCCGGGGCCACAUAUCAGAAAUACAGGCUUAACUUCUACAUUCAGAGCCUACUCUUCCACCCCAAGCAGGAGGACUGGGUGCUGGCGUACAGUCUGGACCAAAAGUUAUACAGCUCCAUGGACUUUGGAAGAAGAUGGCAUUUAAUGCACGAGAGGAUAACCCCAAACAGGUUCUACUGGUCGGUAAUGGGCUUAGAUAAGGAACCUGACCUUGUGCAUAUGGAAGCGCGGACAGCUGAUGGACAUGCACAUUACAUCACCUGCAGAAUUCAAGAAUGCGCGGAGACGACAAGGAGUGGCCCUUUUUCUCGUUUUAUCGAUACCAAUUCCUUGGUGGUACAAGACGAAUAUGUCUUCAUUCAGGCCACCUCUGGAGGAAGAGCCAGUUACUAUGUGUCCUAUAAGCGUGAAGCAUUCGCUCAGAUUAAACUACCCAAAUAUUCUCUUCCAAAGGACAUGCACAUUAUCAGUACGGAUGAAAAACAGGUCUUUGCUGCCGUCCAAGAGUGGAACCAAAAUGACACCUACAACCUUUACAUCUCAGACACCAGGGGCGUCUAUUUCACUCUGGCCCUGGAAAACGUCAAGAGCAGCCGAGGCCUCGAAGGGAACAUCGUCAUCGACCUUUAUGAGGUAGCUGGGAUAAAUGGAGUAUUCUUGGCCAACAAAAAGGUUGAUGAACGCGUAAAGACCUAUAUCACAUACAACAAUGGACGGGACUGGCGCCUACUGCCGGCACCAGACACCGAUUUAAAGGGGAAUCCGAUCAAUUGUCUGCUGCCAUUUUGCUCCUUGCACUUCCACUUACAGAUGUCUGAGAAUCCCUAUAACUCCGGGAGCAUAUCCAGCAAAGCCACGGCACCUUGGCUUAUUGUUGCCUCGGGUAAUGUGGGCCCUGAGCUCUCAUCAACAGAUACCAAUAUGUUCAUCUCAUCAGAUGGUGGAAAUACAUGGAAGCACAUUUUUGAAGAAGAAUAUAAUAUUUGGUUUUUAGACUGGGGCGGAGCCUUGGUUGCAAUGAAACACACCUCUUUGCCUGUACGGCAGCUGUGGCUCAGCUUUGAUGAGGGACGGUCCUGGAGUAAGUACGCCUUUACAUCUGUUCCCUUGUUUGUUGAUGGGGCAUUGGUGGAGCCAGGAAUAGAAAACCAAGUAAUGACGGUCUUUGGACAUUUUAGUCUCCUUUCGGAGUGGCAGCUGGUGAAGGUGGAUUACAAGUCGGUUUUUGGACGAAAGUGUACUGAAAAUGACUUUGAAAGUUGGCAUCUACACAAUCAGAGAGAUUUCUGUGUGAUGGGAGAGAGGAAAACAUAUCGAAAGAGGAGACCUGGAUCCAAGUGUCAGCUGGGUAAAGACUAUCUGAAAACCAUCACCGAGCCCUGUCUCUGCUCACAUUGGGAUUUUGAGUGUGACUAUGGCUAUGAGAGACAAGGAAAGAACCAGUGCACCCCCGCCUUUUGGUUUAACCCAUCAUCUGUCUCCAAAGACUGCAGUCAGGGGCAGAGCUAUCUCAAGAGCAGCGGAUAUCGUAGAAUUGUGUCCAAUAACUGCACAGAUGGAUUACGGGAGCAGUACUCGGCCAAGCCCCAGGAAUGUUUAGGAAAAGCUCCACAAGGAUUGCAGCUGAGCACGAGUGAUGGCAAACUGGGGGUGCAGAGUGGGCUCAAUGUCACCUUCCUUGUACAUCUGGAGGAGGGAGAUCUCCAAAGAAUAAAUAUCCAGUUGGACUUUGGAGACGGGAGCGCUGUGUCCUAUGCCAAUUUUAGCAAGAUUGAAGAUGGUAUACGGCAUGUGUAUAAGAACCCGGGAAUAUAUCAAGUCACAGCCUAUGCGGAGAACAAUGUUGGCAUUGACAGUGCUGUCCUCUACCUUCAUGUAACUUGUCCUAUUGAGCACGUCCACCUGAGGGUGCCCUUCGUUGCCAUCCGGAAUAAAGAAGUGAACGUCAGCGCUGUGGUUUGGCCGUCUCACCCCGGAACACUCACUUAUUUUUGGUGGGUUGGGAACAAUACCAAGCCACUCAUCACCCUGGACAGCAGCAUCUCCCUGACUUUCCAUGUGGAAGGUAUCAAUGCCAUCACUGUGCAGGUGUCCUCCGGUAACACGCUUAUUCAGGACACCAAAGAAGUUGCUGUACAUGAGUAUUUCCAGUCGCAGCUGUUGUCAUUUUCUCCGAACCUGGAUUAUCACAAUCCCGACAUCCCCGAGUGGAGACAAGACAUAAGCAAGCUCAUUAAGAGGGCUCUGAUACAGGUAACCAGUGUUCCCGAGGAGCACAUUCUUGUGGCCAUGUUCUCGGGUCUACCAACAUCGGCAGAACUUUUUAUUUUACCACCAAAAAAUGUUAGUGAAAGGAGAAAAGGAAGUAAAGUGGACCUGGAGCAUAUUGUAGAGUCUCUAUUCAGCGCCCUCAACCAAAACCUAAUAAUGUUCGAGCUUAAACCCGGAGUCCAGAUAUUUGUAUAUGUUACACAACUUACUUUAGCCCCCUUGGUGGAUAACAGCGCCAGUCAUAGCAGCUCCGCGAUGUUAAUGCUUCUUUCUGUUGUCUUUGUGGGUUUGGCUGUUUUUUUAAUCUACAAGUUUAAAAGGAAAAUCCCAUGGAUUAAUAUCUACGCUCAGGUUCAACACGAUAAAGAACAGGAAAUGAUCGGGUCCGUCAGCCAAAACGACAACGCGCCCAAAAUAUCUCUCAGCAACUUCACAGAGGAGGAGCUGACGGACAAGGAACUGGACACCCGAGUCAUUGGUACCAUCUCUACGAUCGCAAACAGUGAAAGCACAAAAGAAAUCCCAAACUGUACCAGUGUUUAAUGUCCACGACUGCUGAGCCUGGCCAAAAUCUGGACAAUUUUUUUUGUAUGGAAAGAAACAAACCUCUCAUUUUCUGCUCCUCUGUGCCACAUUUGUAUUCGGCAGGUGGUUGGGACGGAUUUUAUCGAAACCUGAAAAAUGACUUAAACACCUGCUUCCUCUGUUUUUUUUUUCUUUUUCCCCAACUUUUUCAAUAAACAAUUAAUGCCUGAGGUUAAAAAAAAUCUAAAAAAAAAUUAAAGAAAAAAAAAAAAGACAAAAACAUCCUUUAUUUUCUCACAGUGGUUUAAGUAAACAUCUCCGAAAAUGUUCCCACACAUCGGCUUCUCAUCUCCAUUUCUCUGUUAUGACAAUUUCAUUGAAGGACAGAAUCCUGGAGACAUUUCUAUGAAGAUGUUUCGUGAAGAGCCAGGUGUUCAUUUUUGCCUGACCAGUUUGGCUUACGACCAGGUGUCGGAAUUAGGCAACGUGAAGCAUCUGACUCGCUCACGUUCCUGCCCCUGGAAUUUUCCAUGAGCAUCGCAACAGGAAUGUGUAUGUGGUUUUUAACACAGACGAAAAAAAAUUACCUAUUGUCUGGAAUAUUCCGCACAAAUAUCAUAGAUUUCAUCUUCCAUUUCAUCUCUAAGAAAUUUGAUAAAUUAUAAGGAUGAAAAAUUAAAAUAUUGCCAUUUUUGUUCUGACAAUUUGCCUCGAUUAUAAAAAAUAUGAAUUUCAAUUUUUUUUUCUUUUGAGAUCUGCAGUUUGAGAUGUUGAAGUGUAUUUAAUUGGAGAAGGAUUUCACUCCUCCCAUAUAAUGUUAAAGUAAAAACGGUAUAAAGCGUAUUUAUUACAAUCUCGAAAAAACCCAAGGCAAUUUCCUCCUUCUCAAGUAAUUUACCUUUGCUGUGUUUGGAAUUUAUUCUCAGAAUUUCCAAUUUUGUCUAUAUUGUUGAGAUGCUUUGGUAGCUUCCCGUAGCUUCCAAAUAUUUGUUGUCCUAAAAAUAUUGGACUUUUUUGUUAGAAUGGCCCAGAUUUAUCAAUUUGCCUGAAACCAAAACUAUCUUUGCCAAUAGCAACCAAUUACAGCUUAGCUUCGAUUGUUUGCUAUGGGAAAACCAUAGAAUUCCAUCUCCAUCUGGGGGGCAAAAGAAUAUCCAUUUUCCGUAUGCUAGCAAAAAUAAUGGAGGAUGGACUAGUGUAGAACAGUGGUCUUAAAACUAUGGCCCUCCAGUCGUUGGCUGUACGGGCAUGCUCAAAGUUGUAGUUUUGCAACAUCGGAGGUCCACAUUUUUAAGACCACUGGUGUAGAAGAUUAUGCUAUUCCAUCCAAUGGGAUCCUCUAAAAAUAUACAUCCAUUAAACAGAUACCAUGUAUUAGCUUAUGGUAGAUGCAUGCCAAAGUAUAGGAUCCGUCAUAGGCACCAAGUUAAUGGAUCCCUCAGGAAGCUCAAGUGAGGUCAAUGUCUACUCAUCAUCACUGGAGCUUCCCAAACCGAAGAUGAAGUUACCCCCUUCCUCACCUUUUUAAAUUUUGUAACAAUCUGUGCCAGGUGGCUGUCAGCAGUACCAACUUUGGGGUAAACUAAAAAGAAAGCCGAACUACUCAACUAAGCUUUCCCCGUGGGUUCCCUCCUGCAUUUGGAAAAAAAAUGUAUUCAGCUUGAACAAUUUCAAACUCCAUUUUAUUUUCAUGCCAUUAAAAUUGCAGCCCAAAGAUUAAAGGGGUAUUCCGGGCCAAAGAUGUCUGAUCGCAGGGGGCCAGCCGCUGGGACCCCCCGCGAUCUCUAUGCAGCACCCACACUUUAUGCCCGGCUGCUGCUCCAGUCUUGGAAACCUCUGUGUUUUUUGGGACUGGAGAUGUGACGUUACGCCACGCACCCUCCCUUCAUGUCUAUUGGAGGGGGCUUCUCAGCGGUGCGGGCCCCCUGCGAUCAGACAUCUUAUCGUCUAUCCUUUGGAUAGACGAUAAGAUGUCUUUGGCAGGAAUACACCUUGAACCAACACAAUUCUGGCACAUCACAUACUCUUAGUCAUGACUAAGGGAGCUUGACGUGCCAGAAACGCCUUGGAUAAAGUAGGACUUUGAUGAAAGACUAAGAUGCAGUGUGAGCCUUGCCUUAUAGCAAUGCUUCUUAGGACUCAUUCACAUGACUGUAUUGUGGCUGUUUCCUAUAGAGUCCUAAUAGGGAUUUCAUAGAAACCGGCAGACAUAUGGACUUUACUCUAUUUUAGAGAGGACUCAUGAGGAAUGUUUGAUUGCAGUGAAAGAAUGAACAUGUUCAUUCUACCGCCGGAAUUCCGAUCCUUGUGAGAAAUGUCUGCGAGGAAAUUAACGUGUGUGCAUAUAUUCCAUUGAAGUCAGUAGGAAGGGGAGGCAAAACACGUCUCAAAAGAUGUCUGAUCGCAGGGGUCCUAGCAUGAUGGCCACCAUGCCCCCUCCCAUAGACAUGAAUGGAGGGGGGGCAUGGCGUGACAUCACGGCUACUGCCGUGGGAGCCCAGCAUUCUAAACCCCCCGCAAUUAGACAUCUUUUAUACAUUUCAUUUUAAAAACAUAAAAUAAAUAAACGUAAUUAUUGCUAUGAAAUGACUAAACUUUUCCAGUGCAAUAUUGAAAAUUCAGAUUGUUUUUAAAGACAAAAAGGUUUACACAUUUCAAGUAUUUUUUUUUUUUUUUUUAAAUAUUCAGGAGACAUUCUACACAGCAAUGUUUUCCCAAAAGCGUGCACCCAUCCAGCUGAUCAAACUCAAAAAAAUCAAACUCCCAGCAUGUCUGGACAGGACAUGCUGGAAGUUGUAGUUUUACAACAGCUGGAUGGGUGCACGCUUUUUGGAAAACUUUGCUGUAUAGAAUGACUCCUGAAUACCGUAAUUUAAAAAUAAAAAAAUAAAUAAAUAUGAAGUAUAAAUAAAUUGUUUACUGUAUUAAUAAUAAAACACAUAUAUAGUAGUAGUUUUGCACCCCGGCUGAGAAACCCUGCCAUACAGUGAUGGUCACCGUAUUAAAAGAAAAAAAUUAGCAUUUAAAAAAAACUAUUUUAUUAAAUUAUUUUUUUUUUUUUUUUUUUUACAUAUAUAUAUUUAAAAAGUAAUAAAAUAAAUUAAUAACAUGAUUUAAAAAAUUGAAAAUCAUUUUUGAUCAGCAAAUUUUCAAACUUUAGUUAUUUAUUUAUUUUGCACAAAAGUUAUCAUCUUAAAAUAGUAACACAUGAACAAAUGGCUACAUGACUUAGAAAAUAACUGACAAAAUCAAAUUUGAAAAAGAUACGUUAUACAAAAAUGGAGCUAAAUUAGAAAAUGUUUAUGUUGCGGUUAAAACAAACUAAUUAGAGGGGUCCGAUAGAAAUUAUAAUAAAUGUAGUAUUUUUUUCUUGGUACAAAACGCACUGUAGAAUAUAUUUAUGUCGCGGUGAGCGGAUGACUACAUCUUGAAAGCUUUGUACAUACUUUGACCCAUACACAUACACAGGUAUAUUUUACUAGCGCCACCGUCUACAAAAUUUCUCAUGACGACGUCAAUAUUGUGUUCAGAAUUUAGCAUUACAUUAUGUAUUUCAGACAUGUUUUGUUUUUACUCUGUUUGCAUUUCUUAUAUAUUUUUUUUUUAUUCUAAUCCCCCCCAAUUUGCCUUAGACAAUGAAUGAGUGAAUGUGAACUUCUCCUCCAUUGUUCUCUGCUUUGGUUUCAUAGGUUUCGAUGAUCGUUGCUCGCACUCACUCCCCACCCCCGACCCUUUGCAUGUUUAGGGCAAUGAUACUCAAGGCAUACUGUACAUACAAAUGAUGUAAAUAGCUUUUUAAUUUCUUUGGAAAUAAAUUAAUGUUUAGUAAUAUAAAUUGAGUCUGGUCUAAGCCACUGUGAUACUGGCCCAGCGGUAACAGUUUUUUGGUUGACUGUUGUUUUUGAUUCUUUUUGUUUUAUUUGCCUUCGGGAAAGUUUACUGCUUUCAUUUAUCUUUAUUUUUGUUGCUCAGAUGUUGGGGGAUCAAAGGCUUAAAUCUUUCUUCCUUGUCUACAAAUCAUGAUUUAUUCUAUUUAUAUAAAGAGUUUUUUGAGAAAACAUAAUAAUAAAAACACUCUAUGAUAUAUUUUUAUUUGCCA